AUGGAUCUACAAACCUCCAUUGAUGAAACUGGUAUAGCACUCAAAUUGUUUCUAAAUAAUAAAUUUUCGGAUGCAAAAGAGAGAAUGGAACCACAUUCAUUGAAAAGUAUGUAUCCAGCAUUGGGUUAUAGUACGAUAUUGUACCUUCAAGCUGUUAUGACAUUCGAUAUGAAUGAUAUAGAAUCAGCAAUUAAGAUCAUAAAAAGGUCUGUUGCUGUUUGUAAUACCUAUAGAAGAAAAACAACAGUAAUGGGUUCAUUCAGGAAGACCUUGACUAGAGUCAGUUAUAAUGAUCUUACAGAAGAUGAAAUCCAUGCAGAAUUAUGUUAUGCAGAAUGUUUAUUAUUAAGAGCAUUACUAACUUUCAUACAGGAUGAAAACUUGAUCAGUUUUGUAAAGGGUGGUUUAAAGAUUCGAGAAUGUUAUAAAAUAUACAAAGAGUGUAAUAAAAUUUUAAAAUCUAGAAAAUGGACAGAUGAACAGCAUAGAAUACAUUUUGAAAGUGGUGUAAAAAUGGGGGUUGGUGCCUUUAACUUGAUGAUCUCUCUAUUACCUGGUAAAGUCAUGAAACUAUUAGAAUUUGUUGGUUUUUCUGGAAAUAAGCAACUAGGUUUGGCUGAGUUAGAAAAUGGAAGCAAAAUGACAACAAGUUUAAGAGGACCAUUAUGUUCCAUUGUACUAGUAGCCUACCAUACUGUUGUUACAUAUGUCUUAGGUUUAGGUGAUGGUGAUAUAGAAUUAGCAUCUGAAGUAUUAAAAUCUUGUCUUGUUAAAUAUCCUAAGGGAGCUUUAUUUUUAUUUUUCGCUGGUCGAAUACAAGAAGUCAAAGGAAAUAUUGAUGAGGCUGUGAGUAAAUUUGAAGAGUCCAUUGAUUCACAGUCAGAAUGGAGACAAUUUCAUCAUUUAUGUUUCUGGGAAUUGAUGUGGUGUCAUUGUUUUAAGUCAGACUGGUUGUUAGCUAUGAAAUAUGCUGAGAAAUUAUGUCAUGAAAGUAGAUGGAGUAAGGCUACCUAUACAUAUCAGAAAGCUUCCUUCUUACUCAUGUGUGAUGACCAGUCAGAAGAUACCAAAGCUCAUGUAACAUAUCUGUAUGGCGCUGUUCCAAAUUUAAAACAGAAAAUUGCUGGAAAAUCAUUACCUUUUGAGAAAUUUGCUGUUGGAAAAACAUUAAGAUAUACUGAACAGAAUGAUUAUCUUACUCUUCCUGCCUUUGAAUUGAUAUAUGUAUGGAAUGGUUUUAAUAUAAUUGGUCAAAAGAUGCAUUUAAUAGAUCCAAUAUUAACAAUUAUAGAACAAACUAUUAAUGAAAUUCAAACCAACAAAGAUAAAUAUUUAUAUUUUUAUGAUGAUUAUUCUCUAGCUUUGUUGUUAAAAGGGGUUUGUUUGUUUCAUAGAAAGCAAUAUUUCCAAGCUAAUCAAUGUUUUACUGAAGUCAUUUCAUAUGAAAAGAAUAUUAAACAUGAUUUUUAUCUUGUACCUUAUGCAAUAGUUGAGAUGGCUAGAAUAUGUUUAAAUCAAGAUGAAAUUGCAGAAACUAAAGCAUUACUAGAGAAAACCAAGAAAAAUUACAAAGGUUAUCAGCUUGAAUCCAGACUACAUUUUAGAAUUCAUGCUAUAAAACUACAGAUACAUAGUCGAGACGAUACCACUUCACAACCAUGUACUCCAUCAACAGAAAACUUACCUUCUUUUGAUAACUCUACAUAA